AUGAGGAUCAUCACCUCGUUGGCGCUCCUCUCCUUGGUGACGAUUGCCUAUGGUCUGCGUUUUAACGUGCCAGCGAAUAACAAAAAGUGCAUGAAGGAGGAGAUUCAUAAGAAUAUCGUUGUCACUGGAGAAUACGAAUUCAGCGAGGGAAUCGGCUACACAGGCAGUGUUCACGUAACGGACACUCGCGGACACACGCUGUAUAAGCGAGAGAAGUUUAGCGAUCUCAAGGGAAAGUUCGCUUUCACAGCUGAUGAGUACGACAUCUUUGAAAUCUGCAUCAGCAAUCAUGCACCAGCCACUGCAGGAUUUGAUGAAAAUGCUAAUCCAAAAAUUGAAGGUCAUGCGCAAGCUCGGGAAGUAUCAUUGAAAAUGAAACACGGUGUAGAAGCAAAGAAUUACGAAGACAUUGCCAAAGCUGAGAAGCUGAAGCCGCUCGAGGUCGAAUUGCGACGUUUGGAAGAUCUGUCCGAUCAGAUUGUGAAAGAUUUCGCCUUCAUGCGACAACGUGAAGAGGAAAUGAGAAAUACAAACGAGUCCACAAACAGUCGUGUAUUAUACCUAUCUAUUUUCUCUAUGUUUUGCCUUCUGGCGCUGGCUAUCUGGCAGGUCAUGUUCCUGCGCAACUACUUCAAGGCCAAAAAGCUCAUUGACUAA